AUGGAAAGAGCUAAAGUGGACCGAUUGCUAGCCUGGAAAAGGGUGGUGUUAUAUUUCAGCUGCCUUGGAAAAGAGGCGUGGCUAAUCUUGUGUGAACACGCCUCUUUUCCACUUGACUAUGAUGGGAAUAGCAGACGAUAUCUUGGCAACGCAAGAGCGCACGCCUUGCAAGUUCUUACUGAAUGUCCCAAAAAUGGUCAACUCAAUCCAUCAGCUGCUGAACGAGACAUUAAAGCAGGGACUUCCUUGGAGCUUCCACUUUGGCUCGUGAUAGAAAUGUCCGCUGGACGACAGCCGAUCGUCACUCCAGAAUUGCCGAAAGUAUUCAGAGAAUCUUACAGAGAGAUACUAAAAGCUGAUGCAUGUGCAGUCGAUCUGCACAAGUACAGCUUGCAUUUUUUAUGA